CCACCGGAUAGGGGUCGCUGUUUACUUUCCCAGCAGAGGAAACAAAAUGGCUUCACCCGGUUCAACUGCAGAUAUGCCCUCUCGACAAACUGCACCCGUUAUGCUUGAAAAUUUAUCGAAGGAGCUUAGUACCAAGAAAUACUCUACCACGGACAAUGUAAUGGGGUGAGCGUCUCCUAUGCAGAGCCAUUCGCUUGCCAGGCUUCUUUAGCACCUUUGUGUGCUACACAACAAUUGCUACCCAUGAAGAAUACUCAAAUCCUGUGAUAUUCAACCUACAGCCAGUAUAUAUACAAUUAUAUAAGAAAAUCUCGCCAAAAUGAAGGGAGAGAAAAUAGCUUGUCAGGACCUGCGCCAGUACCUCUAUAGCAUUGAUAAUUAUCGCCAAGCAAGCAUGCUUCGGAAAGGACGGGAGGUGCACAAAAUAUAUUGUGAAGUUCACAAGGGACCGAGUUUCCUUGACGACCGAUUCACAUUGACAGAGUUUGGAAAGAUGGUGCUGCAAAAUGGAUCAGUCAGGGCUGGAAGAGCUAAAAAUGUUCGUCAUAUUGUCAUGGCGAGAGAGACUUUGUACUGCAGUGGGACUAAUUCAUGCAAGAGAGGAUGUGGCGGAUUCGGAGUUUGUGUCCCAGGAUGUGAGAAACACAAAGUUCGUGGUCAUAAGUGUAGUUUUCGUGUGAAGCUGACAAUGAGGCUAGGCUUUGCAGACUUCUGGUUUGUGGAAGUUUUGGGCAACCAUUCAAACUUCACCGAUGAGCCUGAUCCCACUGCAACUGAUGUGAAGAGGAUGGUAUCAGAAUACGAAGGCUAUACACAGACAGUAGUUCCCGUAAUUACUUCCAAUCAUGCCAGCGAGGAGAAGAAACUGGUCAGUAGCGUUGGGAAGCGUGGUGCUAUAUCUAUUCCUGAAGUCUACUGUAACUCCCCAAGUCUGACAGUAACUAGUCACCAUUUGAAUAUUCCUGUAUUUCCUGAAACAUACUCACUCAACUCCGUCAACCAUGUCCAAUCACCCGCCCAGUCCACACCCACUUCUCAGGAUGGCAAUACUCAGUUAUCUCCCCUCACCAUGGCCAUUAAACAGGAGCCGGUCGAUGAUGCGUACCUCGGAGGUGUCAUGCUGGCAUACGCAAACGGUCAUGGAGCGAUCCAGCUUCGGCAGUUAAAUGAGAUUAAUCACGUGGAAAACAAUAACGAUAUCGCCAGUGUGACUGAUGAUUCUAUUGUAGAGACUCAAACUUACGAGGAUAGUCGCACAAACGAUGACAUCGAAGAGGAAUAUGUUGAUAUGAUAACCGAGGAAAGUGACAACGAAGAAAAGGACCUCUUAACGCGUGUCCGUCAGUUGGAGGCUCACGUGACCCAGCUGAGAAAUAUUGUGCUCAAGGGAGAGUUGAAGGUCGAUUGCAAGAAGAAACUAAAGGCCCAAAGAGAGUUUGAUUUCUCAAAGUACAACACUCGUCACAUUGCCUUGAAGAUAGCGUACCUAGGCUGGGACCACCAGGGCUUUGUGGUUCAAGAAGAGACGGACAAGACCAUCGAGGCAGCUGUCUUUGAUGCCCUGCUCAAAACACGGCUCAUUGAAUCAAGAGAGGUGUCCAACUAUCACCGAUGUGGCAGGACAGACAAGGGAGUCAGUGCCCUCAGCCAGGUGAUCUCUAUUGACCUGCGGACGAACCUUCUAGAUGGGCCAGGUGUUAAACAGAGAGACGGUGGCUCAGCCCACCUCAGACAAGGGGACAAGAGUACCGAGAUACGUUAUGUACAUAUUCUCAACAAGGUUCUUCCCCCAGAGAUAAGGGUUCUGGCCUGGGCACCAGUAGAACACAACUUUAGUGCUAGAUUUAGUUGCAAACGAAGGACCUACAAGUAUUACUUCCCUAAAGGAAAUUUGGAUUUGGGAGCAAUGUGUGAAGCAUCAGCUAAACUGAUAGGUGAGCACGACUUCCGCAACCUUUGCAAGAUGGAUGUGGGCAACGGUGUUGUCAAUUUCACAAGGAGAAUCCUAUCUGCAGAGAUCAAGAUUUUAGAUGAAAGAGAAAAUGGGUACCAGAUGUGUGAGCUGACAAUAGUGGGUCAGGCCUUCCUGUGGCAUCAAGUGCGAUGUAUAGUGGCUGUCCUCAUGCUGGUGGGACAGGGAAAGGAGGGGCCAGACAUUAUAGAUGAAUUGCUGAACAUCGAACAGAACCCCAGAAAACCUCAAUACACGAUGGCCUCAGAAAUACCUCUAGUGCUGUUUGAUUGUGAUUUUGGAGACGAUGUUGAGUGGGUCUAUGAAGCAGACUGGCAUGAAGACAACAUUCGCCACCUUCAGCAGCUGUGGGCCCAGCAUGCAGUCAAGGCAGCCAUGAUAAAAGGCAUGUUGGACCAGCUUGACACAGCCAAAGUGGAAACAGAGUCUGACAUUGCUCCAUGGAAUGAGCUGAGUGCUCCCAUUCUACAGCAGUCAGAGUGGCUCACACCAGGCAACAAACCCAGGAUAUACAGGCCUUUGUUGGAACGGCCCAUGUGCGAUAGCUUAGAAGACAGAAUUGAACAUUUUGCCAAGCGUCGGAAGACUGGCCAUCACACGGAGCAGAGUGAAGGCAAUGGAAAUGGACAUUCAUGAAAUUUACUUCCAGGAUUUCAUGGAAAACUGACCCCACUGUCUUUGUGGGAAAUUUCCAGUCCGACAACAGGGUCCAGUUGCAAAACUUCUGAACUGAGAAACCGUAUGGCUUCCGCUAAAGGCUUCCACAUAUGGUGCAAACAUGUAUUAACGACCCUUCCGAGACUCUUCUACUGGAGGAGUUAACAAUGUUGACACAAUCAUUUUCCUCUUAUUCUUGAGGAAUUAAAAAUGUUAACACAAUCAUUUGCUUAUGUAAGGCAAUCUGAAGUCAAUUCUUUUGCAAAUUAUUCUUUUCCAGAAUAGUUUUUAUGUUUCAAACUUCAUGCAAGGGUACAGUAUUGAAGUCAUGCCUCUGAAGUUUGACAGCAAAAACCUCAAUUCUUACCCACGCUAUUAUUCUUUGUAUUGAAGACGUAUUAGAUAUAUCGCUUCUACUAUCGGGUCAGAGAUGACUUUGAUGGCAUAUUUAAGUUUAUUUGGUAGCCUGCAUUGGUGCAAUUUGUGUAAUUUAUUUAUGAUAUGCUUCUUGCAUUUUUUUAGCUUGUCUUUAUGCUGAACGAAAAAGAUUGGAUUCUGGUGUGGAAAAAUGGAAUGAGUUUCCAAUGAUUGUUGAGGAUAUUUGUCAGUGAAGGUUGUAGGUGAUGGAAACCUAGGGUCAUUCUUUCAGCCUCUUCCCAUGUCUUUGUAUAUGAGAUUGAACCAUGCUCAGUUAACACAUUCCCUUUUGCAUCUAACUUACAACUGGACAACUUUAGAUCUUUUAAUUCUUGACUUGCAAUAUAUUUUUUAUGUCAUUCCUUGUAUACAAAACCUCAGUCAUUAAAUAAUUGCAUUUUUUGCUUUCAUUACGUUCACUGCCUCUUAUGAAAUUUUAGGUCAGUUUUGAUGUUUUUUACUAGAAACAGAAUCUUAUUGUGCAUUGCAAAAUAAUCUUGGGUGGUAGAAUUACGGAUUAAGGCAAGCCUUCUGUAACUUGAACUCAUGUUUCUUGUCUACUCAAUGCACAAAAUGUCAUGUGUAUUUGUCUGGAAGGUGAUUAGGUGAAACCUUUCAUCCUCAUGUAUGUACAACUACUAAUACAAUGAACUUUCAAGAGAUGUGCCAGUUGAAGUUGAGCCAGUUACGAUGCCUUGCAAGUCUUCUAUCCAAAACUGUUCAGCAGCUGGUCAGGGUUGAAUGCAUGGAUAAGUCACUAAUACAAUUGGUCAGUUUCCAGUGGGUCAGUCAUGGAACAAUGAAAUAUUGAUGUCUACACUGGGUAUCCUGAUGCUGUGUCUGUACACAAUGAGAAUAUCAAUACAAAUAUGGUUAUUUUUUUAAACUGAUUUCUUUUGCCAACAAUGGUACCACUAGGAAACGUAUGUAAAAGCAUAGCCUUCAAACUAAAAUAAACAUUAUGAUGAGAUAGAUCUUUUUCCUCAUUCACGAUCCUUAAAUUUAUUGUACACCUGGAUAUGUGAAUGCAGUACUCUGUAUGGUGUCAAUUAUCAAUGUAUUGAUAAAAGACAUUUUUCAGAUGAGAUAUCAAUGCUGAAAUAUCCUAUCAGUGACAGCUGUAGUUUCCAGUGGAAUGGUCAUCCAUAUUUAUGAUAAAUUCUUACUUGCAAAAGGGAGAACUCCUUGUAUUUACGACGUUGUUGAUGACUGGGGGGCUUCCAUACUGAAGGGAGGCCUCUGGCGGUGCGAACCAUUGCACUGAUAUUAUUCCAGUUUGUUGAUGUAUGUUAACAUAUAUGUGUUUCUAAAUGGCCAGGCAGACUGUAUAAAUUAUUCGUUAUAACGUGUCCGUGCUUCCACUUGUAUUAAGAUAUUUGUUUACUGUGCCAUAUAUGAUUUUAUUUACUCUUGUAGGUGGUGCAUGCAUUAGUCGUGGUAUUUUGCAUGAUGGAUGGUAAUUUAUUUGUCGGUCAGUGAGAGAGAAAGACAUGCAGAAUGGUCACAGAGGCUUAGAGGGAACCUUGAUGUAUACCGGGUAUAUGUCUGCAGACAAUUGUGGCAAUUUAUAUAUAGAGAAUACAAAAGACUUGAUGGUUGUCAAGUCGCAAUUUUUGAAACUAGUCAAAUAGUCCGCUCAAUGAUUAAGAUAUUCAUGAAUAGUGAAAAUAUUUUCCUGUGUGUUUGAUCAUAAGGAAACGUAGGCAAGCUUCUACUCGCCUGCUGGAAAGAGCGAGUUAAGUUCUAGACUCUCUCCCCCAGUGGUUGUUAUGAGCAAUGUCUGCCAACAAUGGAUUAACUGGUCUGUGGGUUUCCUUCCUCCUAGUCUCGGGGCAGGAUAUAAUCAGUAUUGUCAGUUUGUUCCUGUCCUACUGUCAUAUGUUUUAAGAAUCUCAACGUUUGGUGCUGUUCUAAUUCAAGUUACGUUGUUUCCAGAAAGCAGCCCAUUAAAGACAUGUCGGAGACAAUUUGACGUUUGAGAAUGUCACAUGCUCAAGUAUUAUUCUCACUUACGAUUGUAUGAUUACAUUAUUAAAAGUCAGUCUCUUUCAUCUUUUUCAUAUGAAAUUCAACAACAAAAAUUGAAGUUAAAAUUGCCAGGUAUCAAGAUUUUGCAUAUUUAGAAAACAUAACUUUAUUCAUGUCAGACCAUUUUUUUUUAAAGUGCUAUAUGAAAGAAAAACUAAAACAUUUAUGUGAAUUUUUUUUAUUUUUUUUUAUUCUUUUAUUGUAAGCAAAGAGAAUAAUAGCCAGUUGUCUUUGUAAGUUGAAAUAUAAGACCUCAGUUGACGAAACUCACCAGGUACAUAUUAUUUCAAGUGCUAUGUAGGUUAGUGUAUGCAUGCCACCCUAGUCAUUGUUAUGCAUGCUGUCUAUUGAGACAUUGUUAAUUAUUGUGUAUGUCAUGUUGCAUGUAGAUUUUGCCACACCAAUUAGUCCAUACUCAUUUGUACAAAUAUGUAUCAAUAUGAAUAUCGAUCUUCCAGUUUUACUGACAAGCUUUCAUUUUUAAAGAGAAAUGGUGCCAAAACUACACACUCACACAAUGGGUUCGAGAACUUUCCUCGUGUUUUACUUGUCAAAUGGCUCCAGCUUUUUCAAGGUGCUCCACGAAGAAUAUUGAGAAAGCAUCCCUGGUUAUGGUUAUGUGUUUUAAGAGCUUCUAACAAAAUACUCAUCAGCUGUUUGUCAUGGUGGUGAUGCUGAGGUUUCUAGUCAUUUCAUCAUCAUAGUGUACUCUUGGUCAGAGGCAUUGUUAUCACUGGCACUGUUUGAUUGUAACUUGAGCUGACUCUGUAGGAUCCCAUUUUUGCCUAGAUGCUACAUCCUUUGAUGAUAUCAUAAAUCAUGACUGUCAAUACAGAUGAAGUACUUGCUUAUUUGAUUUAUCCCAAUACUGACAUCACUGUCAUUAUGUUGCCAAUGAAAUUGAAUUAUAUAUGAAAGUUAAAUAUAUACAUAUUUUCACCACAAAUAGUUUAUGUAGUUCUGGGUGAGUGAAUGGCCAAACACUUCUCAAAAUCCUAGAUUCAGAUUCAGUGGACAAAUUAAUUGAGCCCCAGUACUUGUUUAUGGAAUUAUCACACUAUAUCUUCCAGGAUGAAUCGUAUCGUAACACAAUCUCUCAUUGAUACAAAUAUCAUUGCAUGGUUCUGUUCAGUGUUAAUAUUAAGAAAAUAAGUUACGAAGUGUAUUUACUAUUUUGACAGUUUUUAAACCAAAUAUGUGAACACUAAUCAGAAAUUAAGCAAAUCAAUUACUUUAGUGAAGGAUCUUCUUAAGUUACAAUCAAACUGUGUCCUUGUUUUCUUGUUCUAUGUACAUGUAUGUAAGGUGGGUUUUCACACCCGUUGUCUUGGUGAGUGUACGGAUUUGUCGGUGCAUGGGUUAGUAUGUCUCUCACAGUAUUAUUUCACACAUGUUAUUGUUUUGUGCAAAUUUAUUUGAUAUUUUAUGCCAUUGUCACUGUUUAUAUUGAAUAUAAAUUUGGAUGUCUGAAUUUUAUCACCAGAAAAGUGUAUUUCUAUGUCAUAUUUUUCAAGUACAGGGUCAGUAGGAUUAAACAGUUACAUGUACAUCAUGAUUUUUAGAUCUAUUAUAUUUACAGAUUUUUGUCUCUGAAAAAUGCACUAGUCAUGUUUGGAGAAAUAUAGUUGUUAAUGUCUUGAAAAUAUUGCUUGUCUUGUAGAGUAAACAGCACCUCGUAAGUCUCAAGCCUCAAGAAAUAUUUAUCCUAUGACGAUUACAGGUUAUAGAGAGAUUAAGAGGGGGGUGUCAUGAAUUCUGUCGCUAAAACACAUCGCAUUCAAUUUCUUGUUGUAAAAUGUCCAAAAGUUGUAAAAAAUUCAAAAAUGCUUCCAUCUUUUUACCACAACACUGAACUAUUUUGAGUUCAUAGAUUAUCACAUUGAUAAUUGAUUUUAAUGAAUUACAAGUUCUGAUGGGUUUUUAAAAACUAAGAGAGAUGCGAUGUUCCUGUUAACUACUAGCCAGACUUUAGCAUUAUAUACAUAUUUAUUAUCAUAGAAUAUUGUUUUAGUCUUUACCAAAGUAUUCCGAUCACGUUAGUAUUUACAUCUAAGUAUUGUUUGAUGCCCAUCUGUUAUUAGUGUACAUCAUCACAGAAAUAUUCUCCAGUUUCAGAAACACUAAUUCGAGAAUAUGUUGUUCAAAUAUUUAUGUUCAUGAACUAAGUCAAAUGUUUGUUCAUGAUCAUGACAUUCUGUCCAUGAAAUGAUGGAAAUUAAUAUUCAUGACAUUCUGUCCAUGAAUUGAUGGAAAUUAAUAUUCAUGACAUUCUGUCCAUGAAUUGAUGGAAAUUAAUAUUCAUUUUGUUCACAUUAAACUUGAACAUUAUAAAGUCAAAUAUUAGAAAUCUUCUUUCUGAUUGUCUUCUUCUUCUUUUUUUAAAUUAAUGUUGUGAUUCAUCAAAGUCAUCGAAUAAUUUUUUUUUUUUUCUGUAACCAUAUUUGACCUAUUAAGGUGCAACUCCUUGAUAUCAAGUGUUUUAUAGUCAGCAUGAUUUGAUAUAAUAAAGAUUUGAACCUCACACAAGAUUAACUUUCUUUAAGUCAGUGUCCUUUCUUCAAACUAUUUCAAAGUUCAAAAUUUCAUGACAAAACUUAGUUUUGUUUGCCAAGAGUACUCAGUUAAAAUAUGAUCAUUUUUUAAAUUAUGUUGCCAAUAACUGCAGAUUAAGCCGUUGGCCCUAAUCGUCACAAGAUCUUGGAGUGAAGAAAAACAGAAGUGGUUGCCAGUUUUCAAGAAAGUAAGAACUGUAAAACAAUGAAAUCAAGCUCCAUAAUUAUCAUUAGACAAAUAAAUAGGUUUCAUUUGUGUGAUUGGUCAGUUUGUGCUGCCAUCUUGUUGGUCAGUUCUACUGCUACGUUAAGGCAUUCCAGAAUAGUCCAAUGUCCAAAGAUUGUGAGGUCGGAAAUUGUACGAUUGUCAAGGGGAUUCCUGUGCACUACGUGGGCACAGAUCUACAGUAUAUGCAACAUUGAAUCCAGAUACUCUUUACUGCAAAAGUCAUUUAUUACGCCCUUGUUACCAUCCAUGUAUUCCAUUCAGCUGGAUAUUCAAUAGUAUUGUUUCUUUUGUUUGUGCAUGCCUUUGUUGAAAAUAAGUCACUUUAGUAGCCUCUGUAACUUAAUAUUAUUAAAUAAACUGCCAUUGUCCUUUGAAA